AAGAAGAGAGAAGAGACAAGAUGAGGACUUCAGAAAACCUUCUCUCUCUUCUUCUUUUUGUGUCCCUCCUUUUUGGCUUUCUUGUGCCAAGCAUCCAUGGCCGGCAAGGCGAUGCAUUUCGAACUUUCAUGAAGAUCAAGGCCAAUGGGGGAGUGUACACAGACCACGACCUCACUAUUGACCUACCCGAUUUCAAACCUGAGUUUUUCCCUCAAGAAGGAUCCAAAGAGAGCGAUAAAAUAUCACAGCUUCCUGGACAACCCAGUGAUGUGAUUCUCAACCAUUAUGGUGGGUAUAUCAUAGUCAAUCAAAACGUCGGAAGAUCCCUUUACUAUUAUUUCGUUGAAGCCGAAACUGACAAAGAUUCAAAGCCCCUUAUCAUCUGGUUCAAUGGAGGUCCUGGUUGUUCUUCCGUUGGAUUUGGAGCAUUUGAGGAACUUGGUCCACUUCUUGUAAAAAACGAUUAUCUCAUCAAGAAUCCAUAUGCAUGGAAUAAAUUGGGGAGCAUGUUGUUCUAUGAUUCACCAGCAGGGGUUGGCUUCUCAUACUCAAACGAUACGUGGGAUUAUACUUCAACCGGAGAUAUGAGAACAAUAGAAGAAGCCUAUAAUUUCUUGAUAAAUUGGCUAGAGAGGUUCCCUGAAUACAAGAACAGAGAUGUCUAUAUAGCUGGAGAAAGCUAUGCUGGCCAUUAUGUGCCUGAAAUUGCUUAUACUAUCCUCCAACAGAAUAAGAAGGGUGGUACAAUCAUUAAUCUCAAGGGCAUCUCUAUCGGAAACCCUACUAUCAAUGACCAAGAUGAACGUGGUCUUCAGAAGAUUGAUCGCAGUCCUGGAUGGUUUGAGUACCUAUGGAGGAACAAUCUCAUGUCCGAUGAAGACUGGAAUAAAAUGCAGAAAAGCUGUGAUUUCAAUAUGCCGUUCAGUGAUAGGACUCUUGAGUGUAAACAAGUUAUGCUUCUCAACUUCUUCAGAUUCGAGGAUAACACAUAUCCCUAUAAUAUUUAUGGUCCCAAGUGCCAUGAAGACAAUACAACCGUGACCUCGGGACCAGUUGGAGCUGAUGAUGCGUGUAAACAAAAAAACCUUGUUGUGUAUUUUACUCGCCCUGAAGUUAUAAAGGCCUUACAUGCCAAAGUUACUAGAUUUGAUGAAGGUUACGAAAGCCCUAAUAAGAAUGGUACGGUCUCAAUCAUUGGUAAAUGGGAUAAGUGGGAAGGCUGCAGGGAUGUGUUCCUUCAUCGUUGGGAAGACAGUCCCAUUAGUGUCUUACCAAUCUUGGAGCACUUGCAUUUGCAUGGUAUCCCAAUUCUGGUUUAUAGUGGUGAUUUCGAUGCUGUUCUUCCAUAUACUUGUGCCAGAGAUGCGAUUAAGAGGCUUCAGCUUCCAGUGCAAAGGAAUUGGACUCUUUGGGGUAACAAAGAGAUUAGUGGAUCCAUUAUCAAGUACCAAGGCAACUUGACUCUGGCUACGGUGAGAGGAGCAGGUCAUGAGGUUCCAAGGGACCAACCAAGAAGAGCAUUUGAACUCAUCCAGUCUUUCAUUGAAGGAAAACGUCUUCCAAUAACCAAAACUGAAAAGAAUCUCACUUCGAUGGGGAUUACCCAAGAUGAUGAUGAUAGUGAUAAUGGUAAUUGACGAUGAGGAUGAUAGAAGAAAGAAUAUAAUUAUCAAAACAAGUGUAGUGAAAUUCUCUCUUUGGAUUCUUCUCUACUUUUGAAAGAGGGUAGGACUUAUUUAGGUCAAUUAAUAAAUGUACUGGCCACCUUGGCAUAUCAGAUC